UGCUCCUACGUGGUGACCCGUACUGUCUCUUGCCAUGUGCAGAAUGGCACCUACCUCCAGCGAGUGCUGCAGAGCUGCCCGUGGCCCAUGGGCUGCCCUGGGAGCAGCUACAGAACUGUGGUGAGGCCCACAUACAAAGUAAUGUACAAGACAGUGACUGCCCGCGAAUGGAGGUGCUGCCCUGGACAUUCAGGGGUGACCUGUGAGGAAGGUUCCCCUGGCUUCCUGGAACCUACAUGGUCAGGCAGCACCAUGCGACGGAUGGCCCUGCCGCGGCCCACGGCAUUCUCAGGUUGUCUCAACUGCAGCAAAGUGUCUGAGCUGACCGAGAGGCUGAAAGUGCUGGAGGCCAAGGUGGCUGUUCUGAGUGUCACAGAGCAGACAGUGUCCUCAAUCCCAGCUACCUCUGAGGACUCUGCCCUACUUUGGGGCUCCCCAGCUGCCCAGGGCAGCCCUGGAGAUGGAGGCCUGCAGGACAGAGCUGAUCCGUGGGAGCUGCCUGAGCCUACUGGCCCCAAGGGAGAUACUGGCAGCCAGGGCCCAGUGAGGAUGAGAGGCCCACCAGGUCCCCAGGGACCCCCAGGACGCCCUGGCCAGACCGGAGCUGCAGGCAUCCCUGGAGAGAUAGGCCCUCCAGGUCCGCCAGGCCCUCCUGGGCCCCCAGGCCCUCCAGCCCCUGUUGGGCCACCCCAUGCCCAUAUCUCCCUGCAUGGAGAUCCAUUACUGUCUAACACCUUCACUGAGACCGGCAGCCACUGGCCCCAAGGACCCACUGGGCCUCCAGGCCCUCCAGGACCCCCAGGGCCCAUGGGUCCUCCUGGACUUCCUGGCCCCACGGGUGCCCCUGGGAGUCCUGGACACAUGGGAUCGCCAGGCCCUUCUGGACCCAAAGGAACCUCUGGCCACCCAGGAGAAAAGGGCGAGAGAGGGCUGCCUGGGGAACCUGGCCCCCAAGGGUUUAUGGGAUUGCCGGGAGACCCUGGCCCCAAAGGAGACCCUGGUGAGAAGAGCCACUGGGCUCCUAGUUUACAGAGCUUCCUGCAGCAGCAGGCCCAGCUGGAGCUCCUGGCCAGAAGGGUCACCCUGCUGGAAGCCAUCAUCUGGCCAGAACCAGAGCUGGGAUCCGGGGUAGGUCCUGAUGGCACGGGUACCCCCAGCCUCCUUCGAGGCAAAAGGGGAGGACACCCAACCAACUACCAGAUCGUGACCCCCAGGAGACGCAACGGGAGGAGCUGA